AUGACGUCAGAAGGGAUAGCUAACGAUGAGAAGGAGACUCUACAUACGUCCACUACAGAAUCGACGACCUCUUCGGAUACGUCAGCAGGCACGCAGGCCCCUAACAGGGUGAACCAGUUCCUGAAACUGCUGUUAAGAAAGCAUAGCAGCGGGGAUUUACACAGCAGGUUGAAGACACGCAAGCUUUUGGGCGUCGGCGAGACGGAUGACGGAGACAUCCACCGGUCGAAGCUGAGCCAGAUCCUGGGUCACAGUGACCAGUUGUACAUCCGACUUCCUUACGGCCUGCGUCUAUGGCAGCUUUUGGUGGCUAUCAUGUUUACAAUGACUGGACUGUGGGCCCUAAUUCUACCAUCGCAGCUUAUGAACACAGGUGACAGCGGAGGAGAGUACAUUUCCCUGCCAGGUCGACUGUAUGGAGGCGCUUUAGUCAGUCUGUCUAUCGUGUACUGGAUGACAUUAAGCUCCCAAGAUCGUGACAUUAUUCGUAUGUGUAUGCUGAGCUCUAUGGUCUAUUUCGUUAUCCAGUUUAUAGGUAAGUGA